AUGGCUGGCUUCUACGUUGCGCUUCUGGCUACGGUUGCUUUUGGCCCUGCGACCGGCUUCAUCUUUGGCGUAAAGGAGACGACUACGCAAGGCUCCCUGCGUACGCACUGCGUAAUUUUGUAUAACGUACCGGAAGACGUGACAGGUGCCGGUCUUCCAGCUCUAAUUGGCUCGAUGUUGCACCAGUUUGGGAGCAACGUCUCACAACGUAGCGUAGCGUACCGUAACGUACCGUAUCCCGAGCAAGAACGAGCCAAUAUCCAAAUCUUGAAUGCGACUUGGCUAGACAACGGCCCUAGAAGGGAUGCAAAAAUUGUCCUAAACUCCGGAAAUGACGUCCGAACGUUUAUGGAUACCGUGGAAAAGGCGCGAGGAGCUGAGAAUCUUUAUGCUAGGGCUAUGAUUUGC